AUGGUUCAUAUGGACAAAUGUUCGAAAUGCGUUCGAUGGACACUCUUUACCUUUAACUCUUUGGUAUGGGUAAGUAACAAUUCUUCGAUCAGAAAUCCUGGAAGUAAAAUUAAUUUAAAGAUGUCACUCGGGGCACAGGAAAAUUAAUGUUUCGCGCAAUUUUUGCAACAUCUGCGCGCGAAGCACAACCUUGCCGAAAACACCGAGCAAGAAACUCGUCAUGCUCGAGAGACAAAGCAUGUAAUUUACCUUGGCCUUCGAGAAUCCAAACUGUGCAUCAUUUUGUUGUCAGUUCUAUAUGCGACUUAUUCAGUUCGUUUAAUAGGAAGAAAUAGAAGAAGCAUCGUAAUACAGACAAUAUUCAAGAUUGUAUACAAAUCCCGUAUUGAAACUCCAGCUUGCGGAAAGGCGGGAGUCGCGUGAUUUCCACUGACUUCGUAUUGUUACCCCAACUCCACGUAACGAUCACGCAUGAUGUAACAACCUUUCCCGUUUUCAUGUUUUAAAGUUAGAUAUUAAACGGGUUUAAGUGUAAGGUCUCUAAGGUAUGGUAAUCAAGUUUAUAAGCUUUGUUCUGACUCGAUUCAAAACAAUCAUUGAGCUCAGUGAAAAUACUUCUGUCAAAAGGCAUCGUUUCUUUACUUUAUCGUAAUUCCGAAUAUUUUCAGAAUUUAUUAAGAAGGAAAAGCAAGGAAGAUUAUAAAUUCUACGAAACACUGUUUGACGACCGUGAAAGCAUUUUGACAAGUUCCUUCUAUAAAUUAAAUUCAGCUUUACCAUGGUCAGAUGUUUAAACAAAGGAAGCAAAAAAAUCAAUCUUGCAUGUCAUAGCUUCCAACAAGAGAGAAAUCUCUCUUCCUUCCAAGCUGUACUUGGACACACUGAACAAACUAAACUGGCUAAAGACUUUUGACAAAUGAUAAUAAAAACAAACCAUGCAGUAAGGGAGUAAUAGUUUUUACUAAAUUUUUGCUAAUGUUUUUUUGGGUUUGACCGAAUCCUUUGUACUCAAAUUAACAAGACGGCUUCUCUUUUUUCUAAUUAAAACUUUCUAAAUUUCCCCGAAAGUUGUUUUGUUGUUCAUACAGCGCAAUCAAAUCACAUUCGAAUCACGUCGGGUAAGGUAACAAAUAGAAAAAAUAUCGAUUCCUAAUGGAAAUUGUUCUUGUAUACACCCAAGAUAACCUUUCAUAGCAAACAUUUUUCUCUUUCUAAAGUACCUGACGGAAAAUUUCCAAUUAAUAAUUUAUCCAACAGAUGCCUUUGGUCUCCAAAUUUUUUUACACUACAAGGUAGAAAAUAUUGCGGAAAUUUGUAUAGGUAAUAGCAUGAUUUGUAGUGAUAUUUGGCAUAAAUACCACGAGUGAUAUUUCAAAAUUGUUAUACGUAAUUUGAGACAAUUUUGAAAUAUCACGAAAGGUAUUUUUGCUAAAUAUCAUGUGCAAAUCCUGCUAUUAUUUGUUUAUACUACUACCCGCAAGAGGUUUGUAAUUUUUACAUGUAGGCAUUUCAAAUUAAGCUGAAAUACCGCUGCUCUAAGCCAAUCAAAUUGGAGAAAUUUCUCCUGUGGUAGUAUAACAAUUAGGAAUUCCUUCCUCGUCAAUGUUUAAUUAUUGUAGCUUUAUCGCUGACCAGAGGCGUUUUCCCCCGGUUAUUUUAAAGUCUCUUGCUAAAAAGGAAAGCUAAGAAAUUUAUAACCGUAAAAGAGAAAGCCACCAAGUCCUGGGAAGACACGCCAGUAGCUGUACUUUAGCACAAUACGGAAUUUUACGAUAUUUGAAACAAAAAAAGCGUUAUGCAAUUUAAAAAUAUUGCUUAUCUCUUUUGCACUGCACGUAAACCGAUUCAUGUUCUUUCUCGGCAGCUCGGCGGCUCAGUCAUGCUGGGUCUUGGCAUCUGGGUCACAACACAGGACACCGAGUAUAAACACCUCGGUGGAAAUCUGGUGAGUGCCGCACAGGACACCCAGUAACGAUGAGUAAAAAAAUGUUUGCAACGAUUUCUCAACCAAACUUAACAAUGACCAAAUUGGCGAAAAGACCAGUCUCUGUCAUACCGCAUUAACAAACGUGGAUAAGGAAGGGGAGAAUCGGUUUUACUUCUUACAUAAGGCUAGACUAAGGUCUUUUAAUGUUUUACCUAUUGGCUGUAUAACUAGAGAAGAAGAGAGCGGAUAGAGAUCGUUCUGCAGUUUACUUGGAACUAACCAUUACAGUAAGGCUAGUUGACACAGUUGACGCUGACAGUGGCAGAUUCAGAAUUUCAGUCAAGUGGGGGGCCGCUCAUCCAAACCCUAAGAUAAGACGGGGGGCGGCCUCAAAACCAAUGUUUCUCGGCCCUGCAUGGGCCCAAAAAAAAGGUGGCGGCCUGGGCGCGGGACCCUCCCCUAGAUCCACCAUGGCUGAAGCUGUUUCAUUGUUUUGCAUCCUCUACCAUGUUUUGCUGCUUUACUUUUUACAGCGAGCAACAAAUUAAAAUAGGCCACUUCUGAGUUCUAAAAACCCUCACUUUCAAAAUGAGGCUAGGUGCACAACCUUUCUUAUUAAAAUGAGUUUUAUUUGCAUGAGAAUGAAAAAUGAUUUCCAUAUCAAAGGCUGAGCACCUACCCUCGUUUUGAAACAGAGGCCUGGGGGAACUCGGAAAUGGAUUAUUAGUGUAACUUCAUUAAUGUAAGUCUCUACUCAGCUUAACAAUGAAAGAAAAAAAGGAAAGACAAAAUGCAUUAACUUGAGGGCUUGAGGCUUUGAAUUUGAGUUCUGCUUUGUUCUUAAGGUUGUAUAUUCACCAAAGUCCUAUUCUGUUUAUUCCAUUCAUCUCAAGGUUAUAUUAUUGCCAUAGGUUAGAUUAAUAAAUCUCCUACUAGCUAUUUUCUUCUUGACUACAAUAUAACAGUAUAACUUAAAGUGUAAGAAGAAAAAUCUCUUUCUGGAGUUAACCAUGUCACCUUUCAUAUCUUUUUUAACUCAUUUUGUUUUCAUCUACACACAGUAUGUUACUAUUGGUUACAUCCUGCUAUCUUCGUUUAUAUUUAUUGUUGGUAAGUAAAGCAAAUAAUUUUUAAAUCCCUUUGUUGCUGUGAAAAAGUAAAAACAAAAACAAACGAAUUAAUUUGCUCUUUAUUAAUUUCCUUUGUUAUCACAAUGUAAGUGAGUUGUUUGUCUUCAAUCAAAAAAUAAUAUAAGUCGUAAAAUUUAUUUUCACUGGUUAUUUUGGUACAUGUAGUACAAAGCAGUGUUAUACAGUAAAGACUUCUAUUUGUAAGUAUUGACUCUAGAGGCUGUGGUGCAAGUUUGAUGAAAUAAUGUUGUUACGAAGACAUUAUCUUUCUCAAAAGUUGUAUCCUUAUUAAUGAUCUUUAGAGUGAAUUUUUUGUAGCAUAACUGACAAGUCGUGAAAAAAAAUGUUAUUCUCAGGAUUUCUUGGAGCAUGUGGAAUCCUCUUGAUGAAACAAAAUGCACUGAAAGUGGUAAGAUUUAAGUCAAGUUCCAAAACUCAUUAAUAAUUCAUAAAGAACAAACAAACGAAAUUAAUAAAAAAUGAGUGUCUUUAUAUCUGAUAAAGACACGGCUAAACUUUACGUCCAAUUUUUAGACCAAAAUAAUCCCAAAUCUAAGUAUUAGUGCAAGAAUAAGUUGAUCUAUAUCAGAGAUUUUGAAGGCAUUCAAAAAACUCGAAGUCAUGUAUUAUCAGGUUUAAAAACUCUAGGCUUUCACCUCGAGUUUUUAAACCUGAUGAUACAUGGACAACACACCCAGAGUUGGUCCCUUCCUUUCCUUCAGAAUCAGGUUCUUCUUUUGACUCCUUCUUACCCAUCCACCCCUAGAAGUGGUCAAAGUCAACAACAGACGAAAAUUCUAAAUAAUUUGUAAAACAGUGAAAAGCAAAUAGUACCAAGCACAAGUAUUACUCGAGAUGUUUCAUUUGAAUGUUCUAAUUCACACCAUAGGAUUUCAUACACAGAGUGACUUAACAGUUAGAGGGUGUUUACAUGACACCAGGCGACUGUCGCCCCAGAGCGAGUUCACUCCAGUUCCCUCUAAUGGCUCUAUAUUUGUUUACAUGAUACCACCACAAAAUGUCAUGCCCGCGCGAGUCACCCCGGCGUCAGUUCACCCUGGUUCUUGUACCGGGGCGAGAAUUUCACUCCAGAAUGAAAUCUCGCAACGGUAUCAUGUAAACUCGAAACGAUGAGUAAUGGUUGCGAUUUUGAAUCUUACGUGUAUUUUAUCAACAUGAAGUGUACCUUCAAAUAACGAGGUAUGAAAUGACCCAGUCAUAAUGUAAACGCGAUACGAAAUAAAAAAAGUCAUCCCGGUAUGAAACUCGUGCCAGUGCGAGUUUUCUCAUGUAAACACCCCCUUAGAAUCCCAAGGCUGCAUCAUUUUUCCUACAACUGGGAGUGAAAGGGUUUAGGCAGACACCUCUCUUAGAUGGACACCAAGGGCCAGAUCAAUGUUUCUAUCUUAGACAGAGAGUUGUGUGUGCAGCUGUAGCUCAAACAAAGGAAAGAGACAUGCUUCCAUUGCUGUUAGCCAAAGGACCUAGAAAAGGGAAGCGCUUUAAUUAAUGCCAGUAGAAGGCUUAUUUUUCCCACCAGCUUCCAUACAAAAUUCAUCCGCUAAUACAUUUUUGUCAGAUAUGAUGAAUUGAAGCUUCACAAAAUAAGCAACAGUGCUCUAGUGAAAGAUCCCUUUUAAAUCAAUUAGGUAGUGGGGCUGCUGAAAUAAAGAAUUAAUUCAAAAUGAAUUCUAUUGAUAUUUCACUGCUAGACUAUGACAUACUGAAAAUAUGAUCCCAAAAUGCUUUUAAAGAAUUUUUUGGAAAGAAAAAAGAGGCAGACAUCCUAAUUUAUCAACUGUUUUAAAAAGCAUUUGAAACAACAAUUAAAACUAUCAUUAUUUUAUUCUAGUCCAAGUAUGUAGAAACUGAGGACCAUUCAAGGUCUAUUCAUCAGUCUUAAAUGGGUUAUUUAAUAUUUACAAACAAUAAUUAUUGUAUGACCAUGCAUUUUAAAAAAAAUCGACUAACUUUACAUAUCAUGCCUCCUUCCUUAUAGUAUUUUGCACUGAUGCUGUUGCUUUUAAUGGUGGAACUUGGAGUAGCCGUUUAUCUUUAUUUGGAGAAAGACAAGGUCCUGAUCAGAAUAUAAAUAUUACUCGCCAUAUUGUACUGUUGUGUCUUUUUUCCUUUUAGUUCUUUCAUCAUUAUUUUUGUCGACAAAGUUUAUGAUAUCUAGGAAUUUUGAUCAGGAAGAGGGGAGGGUUAACCUUUAGUUGUGGUGAAGAAGGGGCAUUUCAGGAGGGAGGGGAUAGAUUUUUUUUUUUUUUUAACCUAAGGUACCCCACCCAUCCCCUCUUAGUCUGCCCCUGUAAAGUUUCAAAGGUUAUUAUUUUGAGGUUAAUUAGGCAAAGUAAAAGGUAAAGAGUCUAACAUUAUUUCUGACAUUUAUCAACUUAGAUACAGGAUCACAUUGAAACUAACUGGAAUGAAACCUCAGAUGAAGCUAGAAUUAUCAUUCAACAAGAGGUGACCAAUAUUGUUUUGUUAAAACAGUCAAAUAUUUUCUUUAUUUUUUUUACCUUUAAGGCUUUAACUUAUUUUAAACAACUUUGUUCACACUGCUUUUGAUAAACUAUCACACAAGACAAGGGGUAUUAUUUGAAAUGUACACUGAGAAAUGAAAAAAAGUUAUGUUUCAACCACCUUUGAGGCAUCUGUCAAAUAUGAUUAUCAGAUAAAAACUUAAUUGUUUCUUGUUUUUAUUUGACAGAACUUCCUUUAUAGGCAAGCAAUGAUUAUAAAUCCUGCAGAGGUCAUUUCCUUAGAAAAUAAAAGCCACUUUGGUGUACAUUGCACAGAAAGAAAAGAACUUCUGUAUGUAUCAAUAUGUGCCUUAUGCAUUCUUUCUUUACCUCAACAGUUCAAAUGUUGCGGCCUAAAGCCUUUGAACCUUGAACACAAAUCAAGUUCUGACAAGUCCUGUUUUGUUGAUAAUGACACAACAAAGGAAAGAUUAAAGGUAUGAAAGAAUCAUUCCAGAAUAACAUUCCGAAUGAUAUUGCCAAAAUCCUUAUAUCAUUUUAUUCAUUUACAGUUUUGUGUUUAUAAAUUAAUGCACAAGUGUCCAUAGUAGGUGAUAAGGUUGACCCUUUGGCUUGGUCAGAAGAUUCAUAUUAAUAUUAUUUUACUAAAGGUACAGAAAACUAAGGGCAACGAAACCAUGCAAGUUGUUUUGCCACAUUAGAGAGAUUAAGAGACACCUUUAAUCCAAAUGGCAAAUGUGAAUUUGCACCACGUGACCAAGUUUUCCCCUUAGUUGUCGUUUGCUGUUUAAUUACUUCUACUCAAAAAUAAGUAGUUUUAUGCCAGUUUUAUCCACAAGAAUUGUUCUGCACAGUUUUGAAUCUGAAUCUGAAUCAACUUGAAUCUGACGUUUGCUGUUUGUCGUAAAUGUGACUCUUGACAGGGUUCGUACCCUUUUUUGGACAAAAACUUCAAGGACUUUUCAAGGACUUUCAAGGACACAUUUGCCAUUUUCCAAGGACUCCAUUCAGUGCAGAAAAGAGCCUUGAGUCUAUGUAUUUUUAAGUUCUACCACAGCAUGAGCAAUUUUAUCCUGAAGCUCUUUCAUAUCAGGUACUUGAGAAUCUGGGUUGGAUAAAGUUAGCACUGAAAUUCAAGGACUUUCCAGCACCGACUGCAAUUUUCAAGGGCUUUCAAGGCCUUGAACUUUUUAUUUCAAAUUUCAAGGAUUUUCAAGGUGCGUGCGAACCCUGCUCUUGAUCUCUCUAUUGCUGCAAAACAAUUUGAAAGGGGAUGUUGCGCAUUUUACCACCUGUUUUGCAACAAAUUAGGUUGUUGCAGGUUGAACCACUCUCUUAUAAGUGCAAUAAGAAUAAAAAGCUCCAACACAAACUUUAUGAUUUAGUCUCUAUUAAAGUGACUUUUUGUACUUCCUGUGUUAUUUGCACUUCUAAUGUUUAUUUAUUUAUUUAUUUGUUAGGACUGUUAUAAACACUUGAUGGACUGGAUUAAGGGGAAUCACAUCAUUUUAGCUACUUGUUCUGUUGCCGUGGCUGUUUUACAGGUAAAUGAGAUUAUAAAGGUUUUAAAAAAACAUGCUUACAACAAUAAAUUAUGAAACUUAAGAACUGAACAUGGAAUCACCCACCAUGACAAAGAAUAGUAAGCACCAGUAGCACCAAAGGAAGUAGUGUCCAUAACUUUUAAGUUAAAGCUAAAAAUUCACACUUUACAAGUUUACAAUUACUACAAAUAGCAACCAUUUAUUUACUUGUUAACUCAUCAGUUCAGUGAUGAUAAUGAGUGUUGAUCUGAGGGUUAUUGCAAUCAGCUGAUCACUAAUCCAUCAAUUUGGUUAUUUUAAGAUGUUUAUUCUGGGAGGAACCUGCCGGCUUAUUGCAGAGAUUGAGUCUGGUGACAGAUCCGUAAAGCGCACCAGAGUGGUACCCUUAAAUAUAAAACAAGAUCAUCAAAAGCAAGAAGUUACAACACAGAAAAGCCCUGGACAUAUACCAGUAAAUGCUGGUCCAAUACCUCCCAAAGUUGGUGCAAGUAAGGAACCACAGGAAGAUGCUGAUGAAUUUGAAGAAAGCAAAAAAUCAAGUAUAGCUGCGAGAAGGAAUUGGGCUAAAGUGAAUCCUAAAUACAACUCAAUUCUCAGCCUUAUUGAACAAUAGUUUUACUAAGCAUUUCUGGUCAUUAGUCAUUUGUAAUAGACAAAAUUUAUCAUGCAUUUUUGGGUUAAGUGCCUAGAGUGCUAAAACCCCAAAGUUAAUUUAUUAAUCUUCAGACAUCUAACAGUGGUCAACCCAAACAACAGGGUGUCAAGAUUGUUUUGUGGAACUAUAACAAAAACUACAGCAGUACCCAGGAAUUUUUUAUUUGUCUGCCAACUAAAAGCUACAAGCACCUUGUACAGCGUGAUGAAUGUAAAUAUAAUAUUAUUAUGGCCUUUUUUUCUUUCUUUUUAUUAUAACUAUCCAAAUAAUAAUAUUUAUAGCUGACGGUCUUGCAGACUCCAUAGGAUUUAUGAUAACAAAAGAACAUUCCUUAUUUAGACUGUUAACCUGACUUAGCAAGUAGAGAUGGAGACGUUUUUACAUUUUGAAAAAAUAUUGUGGUUGUAGUUAUCAGUAAUAACUUUUAUUUUAAGGCUGUUUCAU